AUGAAGACGCUUAAUGCUACCUUCACCUCCCGGAGGCUACGAGAUCAAUAUCUUAAACUAACAGACACUUUGAAAGCCUUCCGAGAGAGGUGGAGGAAGGAGUACCUGAGUGCCCUAAGAGCCCGACACGAUUGUCAGUCUGGGGAACCCACCAAGCUGCACCCUGGAGACAUAGUGUUAGUAAAGCAAGAAAAUAAAAUAAAACGAGCAACAUGGCCCCUUGGACGCGUUGUGGAGACGUACCCGGACGACGACGGCGUCGUGCGUUCGGCCAAGGUAUUGUUUGAAGAUGUUGAGUCCUUGCGUGCUGUCAGCCACUUGGUUCCCCUCCCCUGGAAAUUGCCCCCUCAGAUGACGAUGAUGGCCUUGGAGACGAACGGGCGUGACGAUGUUGAUGGUGCGACGGAGGAGAUGGUGCUUGACGACGAUACGGCAACGAAGAGGUCUGAGACGAGGGAGCGUACAGCCCAGCAGUAG